AUGGAGCUACCGGUGCGUACCGCUCAGGCAGAUGAUGCCAUGGAGUUGUACGCAACCGGCUUCAACGCCUGGAACCAGGUCACCUUCGAGCCAUCCGCAGUCAAGGAUGAGCCGGACGACAUCUUCUCCUUCACAAAGAUCCUAGGGACACAAAAAUUGGACAGAGUAGUAUCCCAGAUGUGCUACACAGCAGUGCAACGCGAGGGCACAUGGUCAUUAGCUGGCUUAUCCCCGGGCACAUUGGUCUCUGGAAAGGCUGACCAAAGGUACCUGUUCGAUCAUCCGAGUGCAAUCUCUGCAGAUGGAAGGGUUCUCACGGUGGAGGGCCUCGGAAGGCCGUCCCAGGCUAUCGUGGAAUAUCCGGCAUUGGCUGCGUGGAGAACCAACAGAAGCACACGCUCCUGGCCCAGCGAGUCUGGCGUCCGCCAAAUAGCUGCCUAUAAUGGGGGAUUCGUCAUUCUACAUGAGGAUACCUCUGUCUCAACGAUGGGAGAUCCACGCUUUGGGGACUGUCUAGGUCGUGAAGUAGAUGAGUCCAGUCCUGCAGAUGUACCCAGCCUCGUUUCAGAUCUUCGUGAAAUUGGUGAGCCUAUCAAGAAGGUUUCGGCUGGAGGAUACACCCUCGCUGCGUUGACAGAGGGUGGUGGGUUGUAUCUCUGGGGUAUGCAAUCACCUGGGUCACAGAGUCGGCACCAGGCUUUUUCUGAUCUCAGUGGAAUACCCAACUAUGUAGAGGUCGAUGGAGAGAAAGACGUGCAGGAUAUUGCACUUGGAGAGUCUCACGCCAUCGCCCUAACCACCGAUGGUUGCGUUUAUGUCGUGGGUGACAACACCAACGGCCAACUUGGUCUGGGAAGCGACUCCAAAGGCCCAGUCGAAUCGUGGCUUAAGGUUCCCUUCAACCCCCCCUCAGGCUGGGAGGUUGUCGGCGUCGAAGCAGGCCCUAGGUCAUCAUUCAUAGUCACAGCAAAGGCAAAGCCAAAAUAG